AGUCUUCUCGGUCUUCUGCUGAUCACUGCUGAUAUUUAAAGCGCGUGAGCGCCUAAAGCGAACAAAUUUAUGGUUAUGGUGGCAUUUAACCGUACUCGACUCGUGCUUGUUUGCUUGUUUUUGUAAUCAAUCUUAAAAUGUUUUCUAUUGCAUUAAAAAGAAGUAAACUCUCUUCUAUCAGUAAAGUUUACACAUCGCGUUUACAAACCACAAGUAAAAGUUUAGUGAAUAAUCUUGCUUCGAUAGAAAAAGAUAAGCCCAUAAGUAUUGAAAAUCCUUAUGUAAAGGAAAAACGUCAGUGUCUUCUAUGUAAAUUGGAUAUAGAACCAGAUUAUAAAAAUGUAAGGUUCCUUUCACAGUUUCAAAGUCGCCACACAGGCAGAAUAUAUGGAAAGCACAUCACUGGAUUAUGUGAAUAUAAACAAAAGAGAGUAGAAGAAGAGAUUCUAAAAGCUCAAAGUGCUGGUUUAAUGGGUUAUUGGACAAAAGAACCGGAAUAUGUUAAAGACCCACCGUUAUUUGAUCCAAAUCAUCCGUUUAGGCCACAUAAAUAUUAGAUAAAUAAGUGUUACCGUAGACAUCCACCACUGCACGCAAGGGACCAGCUUUAUAAGGGAUAUCCUUUCCACAUACACCUUGAUCUUCACCAUUAAUG